CUCGUGCACUGUAGGGGGCGAUAUGGAGUUUUCUGCGCACUCUGUUCAGUUUGCAGAGAGAGAGCGAGCUCUUGAUGAAGUCAGCUGACUAUACUCUUUGCUCACAUCUCAUCUCACCAAAAGGAUCUGGACACAGGACCAUCUCGACUCAUUUUUCGAGACACUUUGAAAAUGGACUUCUCCAAGCUGCCCAAGAUCCGAGAUGAGGAACGAGAGGGAGAAUUUGGAUACGUGCAUGGCGUGUCUGGACCUGUGGUGACGGCAUCUAGUAUGGCAGGAGCUGCCAUGUACGAGCUGGUGCGAGUUGGCCACAGUGAACUUGUGGGAGAGAUCAUCAGACUGGAGGGUGAUAUGGCCACCAUUCAGGUGUAUGAAGAGACAUCUGGUGUGUCCGUUGGUGACCCUGUCCUGCGUACAGGGAAGCCCCUCUCUGUGGAGUUAGGACCAGGAAUCAUGGGCUCCAUCUUUGAUGGUAUUCAGCGUCCUCUCAAAGACAUUAAUGACCUCACCAAAAGUAUCUACAUUCCCAGAGGAGUCAACAUUGGUGCCCUUAACCGUGAUCUGAAAUGGGACUUCUCUCCAUCUAAGAGCUUACGUGUUGGCAGUCACAUUACUGGAGGUGAUAUCUAUGGUAUGGUGUUUGAAAACUCUCUCAUAAAGCACAAAAUAAUGUUGCCUCCAAGAAGCCGGGGAACUGUCACUUACGUGGCGCCACCUGGCAACUACGAUGUCUCGGAUGUGGUGUUGGAGUUGGAAUUUGAGGGCCUGAAGGAAAAGUUCACCAUGGUGCAGGUGUGGCCAGUGCGUCAGAUCCGGCCCGUCACUGAGAAACUUCCUGCCAAUCACCCUCUGCUGACUGGUCAGAGAGUACUGGAUGCCCUCUUUCCGUGUGUGCAGGGAGGAACAACUGCCAUCCCCGGUGCUUUCGGUUGUGGUAAAACUGUGAUCUCUCAGUCCCUGUCUAAAUACUCUAACAGUGAUGUCAUCGUCUAUGUGGGCUGUGGAGAACGUGGUAACGAGAUGUCAGAAGUACUCAGAGAUUUUCCUGAGCUGACCAUGGAAGUUGAUGGGAAGGUGGAGAGCAUAAUGAAGAGAACGGCCUUGGUUGCUAAUACGUCUAAUAUGCCUGUAGCUGCCAGAGAAGCUUCCAUUUACACAGGAAUCACGCUGUCGGAGUAUUUCAGAGACAUGGGUUACAAUGUGAGCAUGAUGGCUGAUUCUACCUCUCGAUGGGCUGAGGCUCUGAGGGAGAUUUCUGGUCGUCUGGCCGAGAUGCCUGCUGAUAGCGGUUAUCCUGCUUAUCUUGGGGCUCGACUGGCCUCAUUCUAUGAGCGUGCUGGCAGAGUUAAAUGUCUAGGUAACCCUGAGAGAGAAGGCAGUGUGAGCAUUGUGGGCGCUGUGUCUCCCCCUGGUGGAGAUUUCUCAGAUCCUGUGACUUCUGCUACUCUGGGUAUUGUACAAGUGUUCUGGGGUCUGGAUAAAAAGCUUGCUCAGAGAAAGCAUUUCCCCUCAGUGAACUGGCUCAUCAGUUACAGUAAGUAUACACGAGCUCUGGACGAGUACUAUGACAAGCACUUUCCUGAAUUUGUGCCACUGCGCACCAAAGCCAAAGAGAUUCUGCAGGAAGAGGAGGACUUGGCUGAGAUUGUGCAGCUUGUGGGCAAGGCUUCAUUGGCUGAAACAGAUAAGAUCACUCUGGAAGUUGCAAAAUUGAUCAAGGAUGAUUUCCUCCAGCAAAAUGGAUACACACCUUAUGACAGGUUCUGUCCAUUUUAUAAGACUGUGGGUAUCUUGUCCAACAUGAUUGCCUUCUAUGACAUGGCACGUCAUGCAGUAGAGACCACUGCACAUAGUGACAAUAGGAUCACCUGGGCCAUGAUCCGCGAACACAUGGGAGAAAUCCUCUACAAGAUCAGCUCCAUGAAAUUUAAGGACCCUGUGAAAGAGGGUGAGGAAAAGAUCAAAGCUGAAUACAACCAGCUCCAUGAAGACAUGCAGAAUGCCUUCCGUACACUGGAGGACUAAGACUUUCUUGUCUCAGCUGUCAUUCUCAGGGCAGGGCAGCUGCCACCCUCCACACAAAUACAAAGACAUAAACCGCUUCAAUGUACUUUUUCUCUGUCUUCUUUCAGUGGACUACAUUCCGCACCACUGCUUUGUUUAUAGUGUUGUUGUAGAUGCGCUCUAGUGUUUCCCAAAAACAAGACCUUUGUCUUAGUGUGUGUGUUUGUGUAUUUGUGCAAUCUGUACUUUUACAUUAAACCCUCUGCUCUGCACCAUCUCUUGCUUGUAUUUCACCAAUCAUCUUCUCCAUAGAUAUAGACGUUAUCAAAGUUGAUGUAAUUAUUGUUCUAUUUUUAUCUGUACAGAAGAUUGAAAGAAAUGACUUCAGAGAUUCACUAUAUUUACUGCUGGUGUAUUUAAAGUUUUAAUGGCUGCCAACAUUUUUUAUGUUUACACGGUUGUUUUCAUUAUGACUGUUUAUUGCAGUAUUGUUCUGUGUAUUUGUGGUGGAUGAUUCUGUACAAUUCCUCUUUAUUGCUCUCAUGAAAAUGUGUUUAAGCCUUGAAUAAGAAAAAUAAAUAUAAAUUAAUUUA